GUAGGGGAUGGACGAUAAAUCCUUCUUUAGCAUGCAGUAUGGUACGGUAUAUUGGCUGUGUGACAUCAAGCCUGUAUCUUCAAGCUCCGCAUCCCGCUGCCAGGCUUGAUCAAUCAUCAUCAUUCCUCACCAUUCAUCUGCUUCCAGGUGCCCACACACUCUACAGUACGUCGAGGACACCGCAUGUGAUGUUCGAGUACUGAAGGCCAGCAGCAUCGCAGUGGCGUCUUCUCGCCGACUUAUCAAUCUACGCGCCUUCACCUGAUUCCCACUUGGUCAUUCCACCCAAGUGCAACAUCGCUCGCCAAUAUCCCGCUAGAGUCUGCGUUUCUUUUGCAGCUGCGAUGAUCCUAUCCUCGGCAUCACGCAGGAAGCUGCGAUAGCCCUCAGAAACACCUGCGCUCAUGGGCAGGUGCCUGGAUGUCGUCGAACACUCUAAAGCCUCCUGGUGGUUACGCAGCCAGCGAGGUUGCUGGAGAACACAAUGCAGACGGCCAUCCCUCCCUUCCCGCCUUCCACUCUGUUCGUGGACUGUCGAAGGAAGGAGUCAUACGAACAGAGUCUGUCGCUUCGAGUUCUCACAGCAAUCAAAGUUCAAGCCGUCGUGCCGACCAUGAGCCUGCGCCCUCCUCUGCAAGAUACUCAUUCGCUAGCAGUGGACGAAGCGAUGAGGGUUCGAAGAGCCAGGGAAAGGAGAAAGAGAAGGAGAACAGUGAUUCUCUACAUCCAGUCGCUCGAAACUCCGGCGGAUUCCUGCUCGAGCCCGUCACCAAUGCGAAACGCUUCUCGCGCAUGUCCCAGGCACCAGCAAGAGACGACUCGAGGUUGAAGAGGCACAGUGCAGAGUCCGAACUGUCCAUAAGCAAGAGAAGGCAUAGGCACAAUGUCUCGAACAACUCGUCCUUCAAGAGCUCGCCAUUGUCUACCGAGUUGAAGCAAAGCGCUGUCGUGCACAACGACGGCAGUGACAAUCAACUUAUCCCUGGUACCGAUAUCCGAAGGUCUUUGUCCUCGUCGCAGAAUGAGUCUCACAUGAAUGGAAAUCCAGCAUCAAGCUCACGUAAUGUGCAAAAUGGGCGAUCACCCCUGGCAAAUGUGGGCUAUGCUCAAGACCCGGCGCAAAUUGUGCAAAUGGCACUGAGCCUUAGCGAAGGUCGACGAAGGUUGGCCUCUGGAAGGAGAUAUGCUUCGGUGGAGCAAGGAGAGCGCCGGGUCAUCUCUACUGCAUCCAGUGCAGGUCCCAGGGGUACCGUCAACACGAAGAGUAUUGCCCCAUUCAUGGCGUCAACCCGGCAAGGAUCACGAAACGGCUCUCCAAAAGGAAAGCAUCUUGAUACGAGUGUUGCGACCCUGGCAGCGCCUUCUGAUGCCGAAGAGUUGGAUGUUGAUAUGGACUUUGACGAGCAGAUAUCUCCAGCCACGGCAGCACGUGUAGAAAAGGCUAAGAUCUACUUCGAGUUGGCUCACGAGCAUCGUCGGCUCCUACAACAUCUUCCUCCAAUACGUAAACCUGGCAAUCUGCCGCCGCCAUCCAUUCCCGAAGCCAUGCAAAAAGCAUAUAACCCUCUACAAUACGUCAGGAACAGGAAACUACGCAUUUGGGAAAAGACACCAAUCGAUAGCGAGGCGGAUGGAUGGCAUGAUGUGGAGAAGGUUAGAGCCUGGGUCGAUUCAGUCAUCUCGAGUCACGCAGAGACGCAGCACGAUCCUUUGGAGUGUGUUCGUCUCCCACCACUCGAUCAAAAGAUGGCAAAUGCAGACGUUGAGGAUCAAGAUGGGCCACCAGCUGACACAGAGAAUGCCGCAUCUCCUCGGAUACAAGAUCAGUACCAUCCCAAACCGACCCGGCCACGGUCUGACUGGGUCACGCAUCCAGCCGACCUGGUUGCUGAUGCUUAUUGGCUGGAACAAGGCUUGAAUAAGACGAAGAUACAAGAUCGGGACAACAACAUCAUCUACCCUUCCCAUACACAAUUCAAGUUUUCAGGCUGGCGUAACAGAACACCAAUGGACAUGCCGUCUACCAUGCAACAAACAACACCAACUCCUGAGCUAGAUGAGGCUAUGUCGGAAGAACCACCUCCGUCAGCUCUGCCAGAAUUACCAACGUUCAGAUCAGCCCACCAUGCCCACAAACGCGGCAGUCGAACCGGCAAACUGAGAGAUUCAUUGCAGAUAACAGACCAGAGCAGUUCCAGGGAGCGAUCUAGGAUCAGGCGUAAGCUAUUUCGUGAUAGCAGCGACUCCGAGUCGUCAGGUGCAAUGUCGUUCGAUGAUGAUGAGGCCACGAACCGUGGUCGCAGGAGGCUGCGACGAAAACGUGGAUUGUCUCCAGAUCAUGAAAAUCAUGCUGUUGCAAGGAGUAAAUCGCCAUCGAAGGCUUCGCCACAAGUGGGUGGUUCGAGUCGAGAGUCCUCAGCAUUGAACUCCAAAAGAUCCUCCGCGGAUCAUUCAGCGUUAAACAAGCUUCUCAGACUCGAAAACAUCAAGAAGGCGUCUCCACUCAACAGGUCAAGGACCAGGAAUGAAUCAUCUCGACCUAAUUCUACGAAGGUGCCCCUAAGGUCGAGUACCGAGCAGGAACGGACACCUCGCGAAUUUGCAGACUAUGAUACUGCCACAGCUCCCAACUCACCCAGUGUGGUGCAGUGGCCAAGUAUUGCUAUAAAUCUGUCACCACCUCCUAGCAGGGGGCCAUCGCCAUCGAGAAAGCACAUGUCUACAAUACUUCACCCUUUCAAUCGUAAACCACAUGACAAGACUGGUGAGCAAAUCGACACAACCGACUUCGCCCAAGUCCCAGCCGCCCAACUCAAUCGUCACCUACCCGAGCCAGAAAAGGAUCGCGAGACUGAUGGUUCGCGUGGUGCGAGCCCGAUGACGAGGGGAAUGCCUGCAUUGUCGAGAGACCAGACACACACCACAUAUGACGACGAUGUAGCUGUGCAAUCCUCAAUGGAGUCCAAGCUCAGCGCGGUUAGCAAGGUCACCAGUCGCUCGACUGCUCACAGCGGAAACGACCACUCGAGGUUCCGUGGUAUAUUCAAAGGUGGACGUAUUGCGGAACUCGUUGGCAACGAAGUAUCGAAGGUUGGUGACUUCAUCUGGAAACGAGAUGCCCCUUCGACGUUCAGACACAAAGCAACCGCAUCGGAGGUUAGUCUCCGAUCUUACAAGGGUUCAGAAUCCGAGAAAGAGGUCGACGCAAACGGCACAGUCCUCAGAACGCCACCUCCAAUGAGUCCUAGAUCAAGAUCCUCGACCAUUUCCAGUACCAGAAGCGAGCGUGCCUUGCCAACAAUAAAGAGAACCCCCUCAGACGGUCGACCUCGGUACAACAAUCCAAAUCUCCCCAACUUCACGUCACCAUUUCAGAGAGAUCGGGAGCAGGAAGACAGAAAGCAGGGACAAUUGUCACCAGACGGUUCGGAUCAUAUAUCUCGCCAAGCUGCACAACUUCGAUCCGCUUCACAGUCUCCUCGACGUGGUCGAAUGGCUUUACCUAAGCUGGAUACGGGAUCUGCACAUCUGAAUGAUUUGGAUCGCGUGCAGAGCUACGGCUUCGGAGCAGCUCUUGAUUUGAGUCGAUCUCGUGAUGCAUCAGAUUUACUAAAUGGUGCAAUCGGAUCGACCACAGGUCUCAAAGGUCUGCGCCGGGCACGAUCAGCUGUGGAGCUCAUGCACGUCGGUGGCUCAGACGCUGGUCAAGAAGACGCCGAAGUGGCCGGGGUCUCAUGGCGCGAAAUUGAGCGUGCUGCGGCUUUAUUGUAUAGUUCCGCCAUCAAAGCACGGGAGAUUGGGCGAAAAGCGGAUGACGAAACAACUCCCUUACCAAGAUUCUUCGUCGAGACCCUCACGCCCGAAGAAAGAGCUUCACACUCGAUGCAACCUCUCCGUGUCAAGAAAAGGGAGCACUACGUGAUGGCGGCACGGAAUAUCAUGAAAGCUCUGGAUACAUAUUCUGCAACAUUCAACGAGAAAUUGACCACUUUCAGCUCUACCGUCUCGCCUGACUGGCACAGACAGCUCCAGAUGCUUGAAGAUACGGUAGAAAACAAGAUGACGCCACAGAUCAGAAUGACGGCAGAUCGGGCAGGUGAGCUGGGCAUGAAACUCACUACGACGAGCACGCUCGCGGUCAAGGGUUUGAAUGAUUCAAUCGAGGAUGCCUUCCGAAGAAGGCGAAGAGGUCCCUUGAGGUUGGUGCGCAGAGUCUGGUUCGUCGGAAUUGAGUGGACUGUUGUUGGUUUGCUGUGGCUGAUCUGGGCCGUCGUCUCCAUUAUACGGAUCCUGUUGAGUUCUGUCCAUUGCGUGGGCAAAGUGGCACGGUGGCUACUCUGGAUCGACUGAUGUGUACCGGUCUGCAUUCUGGCAUUCUGUUUCAUUUGUGCUUCGGGGAAGCGAUUACUGCAUUUUUUGGGGCUCUUCAGCAAGGCGUUUCGAUAAAAGUGGUUCCUGUUGCUGUUUACCGGUAGGUGAUGGAAUUGCCAGGAUACCCCCCAGCUUCGUAUAUGGUAUUGGGAUUGGGAUAAACGUUUACAUAUCGUGUGCACAGUAUAGGCUCUUUUAAUGCAUGAUUGAUGAACAUC